AUGAUGAGAAAACUAUGGACAAAGGAUCGACAAAUAUCAUGGGAUGACCCACUGCCGGAAAAUCUAGCGGAUGAAUGGCGUGAAUUCUUUCAAGUCCUACCUGAAUUACAAAGGAUUUCUUACCCUCGAGCCAUCAAACCGGAGAAAGCUGUUGGAGAACCUGCAUUGGUCAUAUUUUCUGAUGCAUCUGGAACAGCAUAUGGUGCCGUGGCUUACGCCAGAUGGGAACUGAUUGACGGGUCAUUUGGAAGUAGAAUCAUUGUGGCUAAGAAUAGAGUCGCACCCAUAAGGAUAAUUGACAUUGUGCGCUUGGUGUUAAUUGCUGCUGUUUUAAGUAAGCGCAUCAGAUGCUUUAUCAAAAAGGAGACUAAAUUGAAGUUCUCAAAAGUGUAUCACAUAGUUGAUAGUGAAAUAAUAAAAGCGAUGAUCUCGAAGGAAAGUUAUGGUUUCAACACAUUUACUGCAAACAGAAUUGGCGAAACACAACACUCUACCAGUCCAUCAGAAUGGUUUUGGAUCUCGACAGGGAAAGCAUUUUGGCAGACCGGACCACGAUUUUUGUCUCGAUGCGUUGAUAACUGGCCCGUUCAAAGUACCACCACCUUAAAAGAAUUACCAGAAUGUCCAAAGAUUUCUUUUGUCAAUGUGUCCGAUGGUCAGUUUGUGGAAACAUUAGCUGAGAGGAUCGAUAUUGAGCGCUUCAGCAAACUCGAGCUACUUAGAAAUACGACAGCAAGAAUCCUAAGAUUAUACAAAAGAUUCCUGUCGACCAACCAAGGUAGAGAAAUAGGCAAAGGCGAGCUGACAAUAGAGGACCGGCAAUAUGCAGACAAUUUUUGGAUCAAGGAAGCUCAGAGAACUAUCGAGGACGGAGUUAAGAAGGAAAAGUAUAUUAAGCUGUGUCCGAAGUAUGAAGAUGAAAUUCUGGUGGUGGGUGGUCGGACAGAGCGAGGGAUGGAGGCGACGUGGAACAAGCAAAAGUUCAUCCUUUUACCAGCAAAUCACAGGCUAUCCUAUCUUAUUGCCUCAACAGAGCAUAAGUUGAGUGGACACUUGGGGAUAUUAGCGACGAUAUCAAGAAUUAGGUCGCACUACUAG